AUGCCACGUUUAACAUUUGCAGGUGCAAGUGGGGUCCUACCUGGUGCCCGACCUCUCAGACCACCAGGAGUCCCGAGAGGUGAUACACCUGGUGAAGGAGAAGGAGAAGCAAGUCCUGAUAGAGCGACAGAUGGCAGAAGUAGGACAGGAGGAAGACGGACUGGAGUAGAAGCUCCAACCAGUGCAGGACCAGUAGGAGGAACUGGAUUCGGACCAGGAGGCACAUCUACUACCGUAGGAGCAACACCAAAACCAUCUAAAGCAUAUAAUCCAGAUGGCACCAAAGUUGGAACCUUACCUGGUGGAGUUGGAGGUGGCACCGGGAUUGUUGGAGGAGGUCCCGGGCAAAUUGGGACCGGACCCGGUGGAUUUGGAGGAGGUACAGGAGGAUUUGGGACCGGUCCCGGCACAGUUGGAAGGGGUCCAGGAGGAGUUGGUACCGGACCUGGAGUAAUUGGAGGAGGCCAAGGAGGAAUCGGGACAGGGCCUGGUGGACAAGGAAUGGGUGUAACAAAACCUGGCAAAAAUUAUGGUAGCGGUGGAGCUGGUGUUUUACCAGGUGGAGGUCUAAACUUUCCAAAUGGAGCUGGUGUAGGACAAGGAGGAAAACCAGGAAAAACAUAUGGGAAUUUUGGAGCAGGAAGCCAAGGUGGGGUUGGGCCUGGUGGAUAUGGUGUUCCCGGAGGUGUUGGUGCUCGUCCAGGAGGAGUUGGGAUUGGGAUGGGAGUAGGUGGAGGAGGUCCAGGAGGAUUCGGGACAGGGCCUGGUGGAGUAGGAACAGGUUAUGGGGCUGGUGGAGCUGGAGUUUUACCAGGCGGAGGUCAAAGCUUCCCAAAUGGAGCUGGUGUAGGACAAGGAGGAAAACCAGGCAAAGCAUAUGGGAAUUUUGGCCAAGGUGUGGGUGGUCCAGGUGGUUUUGCUGGUCCAGGAGGUGUUGGUUCUGGUCCAGGAGGUUUUGGGACAGGAACGGGUGGAAUCGGAACUGGGCCUGGUGCUGUUGGAGGAGGUACAGGCCAAUAUGGAACUGGGCCCGGUGCAGUAGGAGGGGGUCCAGGAGGAGUUGGGACCAGUCCUGGUGGAAUAGCGCCUGGUGGAGUAGGAUCCGGUCUCACAAAACCUGGGAAAAGUUACGGUGCUGGUGGAGCUGGACUUUUACCAGGUGGAGGUCUACGCUUCCCAAAUGGAGCUGGCGUACGACAAGGAGGAAAACCGGGCAAAACAUAUGGAACUGUCGCAACAGGCGCCCAAGGUGGGGUUGGACCUGGUGGAUAUGGUGGUCCUGGAGGUGUUGGGGCUGGUCGCGGAGGCUAUGGUACAGGACUCGGAGGUUAUGGUGGUGGUCCUGGAAGCUAUGGUGCCAAGACAGCAGGCACGGGUGUCAGUGGAACUGGUACUCUUGGAGUUGGAGCCGUCCCUGGAGGUUUGGGAGGAGUGCCGGGUUAUGGUGGUGGUAUUGGCGGAUUGGGGGGAUAUGGUGGUUCAAGGUACGGCGCUGGAAAACCAUCAAAAAGUUAUGGAACAGGAGUUGGUGGUAUUCUACCUGGUGGCUAUGGAACUGGAGCAGGAGGUGCCAGUUUUGGUCCAGGAGGUUUCGGUCCAGGUGGCUUCAGACCUGGAGGCAAUGGGCCAGGCACCGUAGGAGGAGUAGGAACACAAGGUGGUGUUGGAACUGGCGCCACUGGCUAUGGGCCAGGUGGUGUUACUACAGGACCUGGUGGCUAUGGGACUGUUGGAGCAGGUCAAGGACAGGACAUCAGGAAGCCCCCGAAAUCUGGCUAUGGUUCAUCCUCACUAGGUGGAGCUGGUUAUGGCACUGGUGGCUUUGGACCAGGGGGUGCCUUCAGACCCGGUGGUGCUGGCAUUGGAAAUGGCGGCAUCGGACCUGGAGGUGGCUUCAGACCAGGAGGUGUCGGCACUGGCUUUGUACCUGGCAUUGCUGGCGCUGGUACAGGUGGCUUUGGACCUGGUGGUGGUUUCAGACCAGGCGGUGCAGGGCCUGGAACAGGUGGAUUCGCACCAAGUGGUGCUACCAAAGGCAUGGCAGGCUUCACACCAGGUGCUGCGGGCAUGGGAACUGGUGGAAUUGGACCAGGAGGUGCUGGAGUGGGUGGCUUUGGUCCAGGUGGCGCGGCCACAGGAAUAGGUGGUUUUGGGCCUAGUGGUGCUAGCGCAGGAACAGGUGGUUUGGGAGCAGGUGGCCAACAGUUUGGCAAAAGAAAACCAAUGACACCAGGGGGUGCUGUUUCCAAUGGAAUUAGACUUGGUGGCUAUGGCCCAGGCGGAUAUGGCCAAGGGGCAACAGGGACAGGAUCUUUUGGCUACGGGCCUGGGGGUGCCAGACUAGGAGGCUAUGGUCCAGGAGCUGUUGGAGGUGGAGCUGCAGCAGGUAGCUCUACUGGAUAUGGACCUGGUGUACUUGGAGCAGGAAAACCUGCUAAAUCAGGGUAUGGACCAUCCCUUGGAGCAGCGGGAUAUGGGCCAGCAGGGAGUGGUUUAAACGGCUUUGGUGGAGCAGCUGCUGGAGGCUUUCCUGGAUAUGCGGGGGCAGCACAAAAAUCCCGCGCGCAGAUGGCAGCCAAGUACGCAGCCAUGCAAAACUUGUUGGGAGCCGGGGCCUACAGAGGCGGUGGCUGUCAGGGUAAAUACUGCGGCCGAAGAAGGAAGUGAACGAACGCCAGAAAGGAAGUGACCUCAUUGCAACAACAGCGGUGCUACACGAAUCCCAGACUGAACACAUCCUACCUUCCGCCGGAGCUUCGGCACAUCCUCUGCACGUCAGCAGUUCGUCAUCAUCAAGAUUUCCACGAACUGAACAUAAUUCUCACACACAAACGUCGACGCUGAGAAAACAAGACAUGUCUCUUUGUAACACGUACACUAAAGUGCACACUGCUGAUGCUGCUGUGACCCUUCACCAAGCAAACGCCUCACAGCAGCGUACCUUGGAGGAGGUCGACGUGCUGAAGUCUCGGCCUACUUUUCACACUGCUGAUGAGGAACAACAUACACCAAAUGUGAGCUAACAUGAUAGCACAAUAAAUGGGAGGUAAUAAAUACAUCAAGAGCGUCAGGUCCUAACAUAUCACACACGGUAAAUAUAAAAUAAUAUAUACAGUAUUGCAUAUGACACACUGUAAGGUAAUAACAGAUCAUAGGAAAACACCAGAGGAGCCUUUGUCAUACAUCAUGAUUGUACGUGUGUUUUUGUGUGAGUGUUUUCAGUCUAUGCUGUAUUAAUGUUAGUGUGUGUAUUAGUCUUAAGUUAUAGUGACAAAGAGCAGAAGAAAGUAAGCUUGUUUUCUAUUUAGUCAAGUGUCAAAAUUGAGGAUUUUCAUGUGUUAUGAGACGGAACUUCCUACAUUGUUGAUGUAUUCCGUUUUGUUUUCAUUAGGAGUAAAAGAUGUAAAUGAUUCUCAUCUUGCAAGUCAACAUGUAACUUUUCUUCAUUUUCAUGUUCAAUACAAGCAAAAUGGUACUUUUUUUGU